AUGCAGAUGAGCGCCCGCCGCGCGGCAUGCCGGGCCCCAGCCCGCGCCAAGCCCGCGCUGCCCUGGCGCGUCCGCGGGCGCUGCGCGGGCCGGGCCAUCAUCGCGGUGGAGCGGCUGGUGAAGGGCAAGUUCCAGGACAAUUUUGAGUUCAUCCAGUGGUUCAAGAAAUUCUUUGACGCCAACUACGACGGCAAGGAGUACAACCCGCUGCUGGCGCGGCAGGGCCAGGACGUCGCGCCCCCCCCAAACCCAGGUGAUCACAUCUACAACAAACCCAAGAAACCCAUUGGCACCGCAGUCCCCCAGAGGACCUCCCCCACGGGCCCCAAGAACACCCCGAACCCAGCCCGCCUCGGCAACGUGCCCAGCGGCAUCCUACGGAAAAACUCGCCUGCCGCCCGCAACGGCGGCACCGAGGCUGACGCGCAGAUCCUGGAGCUCAACCAGCAGCUGAUGGACCUGAAGCUGACGGUGGACGGGCUGGAGAAGGAGCGGGAUUUCUACUUCAGCAAACUGCGGGACAUUGAGCUCAUCUGCCAGGAGCACGAGAACGAGAACAGCCCCAUCAUCACCGGCAUCGUCAGCGUCCUCUAUGCCACGGAGGAGGGCUUUGCCCCACCGGAGGACGACGAGCUGGAGGAGCAGCCGCCAGAGGACCAGGACGAGUACUAGCCCCGGCCCGCGCCCGCGCCCCCCGCGCCGCCCCCACCACAGACACGGGAGGUCCGAGCCCGCGCCUCGCCCCGCACUGUCACACGCCACGGCGGUCUCCGGCAGCGCCAGGGGGAAGCCACCAUCUCCAUACCCAGCCGGCAUCCCUGGGCGAGGAGCGCGGCCGCGCCGGGGGCCGGGGCCGGGCAGGGCUCAGGCGCCGUGCCGGGGCCCGGCCCGCGCCGCCCCCUCCCCAUAUUUAUUUCUGUUGUCCCCCGGGUGCGAGCGAGCGCCGCGUCCGCCCCGGUGUCCUGCGUGCCCACGGCGAGAGUGAGAGGGAAGGCCGCGGCCUCGGGGGCCGGCCCGGGGGGCCGAGCACUGCUCACCUUGCUGGGAGCCCCCGGGACCCCCGUGGCAGAGCGAGCGCCGGCCCGGCAGCCUGUCGGGGCGGGAGGCCACGGAGCCGAGGAGGGAGAUGUCGGUUCGGGUUCCCGGGAAGGAGGAAAGGAAAGCCCAGCCCGGCGCGGCCGCGGCAGCGGGGGGCACCUGCAGCCACGGGGGUCCCGGAGAGGGGGCCUGUCCCCGCCAGGGCACGGAACGGCAGCGGGCCCUCUCCUCUCGCCUGUGGCCCCCGCGGGGCCGGGGCUGGGCUGGGUCACCGCGAGGGCUCGCGGCGCCCGCCCGCCCCGGCUGCCACGUCCCCGUCGCAUCGCUUGUCUGCUCCAUCGCUCCGGUCGCAACGCUGCAUCCGUGUUCGGUUUUAUUUAAAUAAACUCGUGUGGUAACACUG